UUCUCUCUUCUUUUUCUUUGCCCCUCUCGGCUUCUCCUGCUGCUGCGUGAGGCAGAGCAAGCAGAGAAAGAGGAGGGGAGACGCGGAGGCCGACGACUCCGAACCCGCAUGCACCUUGCGGCAGCCACAAAUCCGGGCCCCUCGUCGUUGUUUCCUCAAUCUCUGCGUUUUCGAUCCGAGGGGAGGAAGGUUGGGGCCAGCAUGGUGCCCUCCGAGAGAGGAAGCGUCGCCACCGUCGUCAGCACGGCCGCCGCCGAGAAGCUGCUCCAUGGGCCUAUCUCUGGCAAGAAAUGCAAGAAGAAGGCCCCGAGGAAGAUCCAUAAGACUGAGAGGGAGAAGCUUAAGCGCGACCAUCUAAAUGACCUCUUUGGUGAGCUGGGUAAUAUGCUAGAAGCAGAUAGGCAGAACAACGGGAAGGCAUGCAUAUUGACUGACACUACUCGAAUACUAAGACAUCUGCUUUCUCAAGUCGAAUCUCUCCGAAUGUUAAAUAGCAACCUGCAGAAUGAAUCCCAUCAUGUUGCAGUGGAGAGGAAUGAGCUGCAGGAUGAGACCAAUGUGCUCCGCAAGGAAAUCUUGGAGCUUCAAAAUGAGUCGAGGAUACGGCUUUCAAGCAACCCGGAUUGGGGCCAUGGCAUCACCGGAUCGGUUCUCCCUGUUCCUCACUCCACGACUGCAGUUUUCUCAUCACAGCAGCCAAUGCAACCACCCACCAUCGCAAGCACCGUGUUCACCUUGCAGCAACCACUGCCACAACCAGCGGUGAUUGAGCAGCCCUGUGCUACACCACCACUGGAACUGAAGCUCUUCCUAGAAGCGGCGUCUGUUGAAAGCUAUGAACCAUCAGAAAACCAGGAGGCUCACAGCCAUGUGACGCGACCACAGGCAAGGUACCCGACCCAAGCAACUUUUUGUCCUGCAAGCCUGCUUUCUGCCCUUCCAAGGAUGGAAGAUGAGCAAUGUAGCAGCAGCACAACCGGCAGCAGCAAGGAAGCUAGCACUGGAAGAGGUUGAGUGAAUCAGGUCAACAAUCAAAUAGGUUAUGUUUGGGCGUAGUGGCCUACUGGGUAUACUGGCAUCAGAAGACCUGUGCAUGUAAAUACCGAUGUCCAUUUUGGAUUUCAGAACGACGAUAGAUGAUGCUCCGAUGGAAAUUUCCCUUUUCACCCCA